UCGGUCAAUUUCACGCGUAUCUUAUCCGGCGAUAAGCUUGAAUUGGAUUGAAGUUUCAUGUGCAUAUCGAACACAGUUUCAAAUCCGAACAGUUUGUCACAAGCGCGCGCGCGAUUCAGAACAAGCAGAGUUGGUUACCUAUAGUUUUGCCACAUCCGUCAAUUUUGACGGAUUCUUUGAAACUUUGUUAUUCUUCGUUAUAUUUUAAAUCUUUUCAAAUAUCGAAGUAAUUAACAAAGAGAAAGCUGCGCAAAGAUAUUCAAUAAUUCACACACAUUUUGCAUCUUUUUUUGUUAAAAAAUAAAACAGAACUACUCGGAACAUUUCUCGCAAUUGCAGAUUGCAUUUGUGAAAUCCUUUCGGAUUUCGACGGGAUUUGAUUGUUCUGGUGUUAACGCGGAUGGCGUGACGUGGUCAAUAAUGAGACGUGCUUUUGUGCGAGGAUUCCUCAAGCGAUAAGAUUGAUCAGUUUGUUUGUCUAUCGAUUGUCUGCCGGCAGUCUGUCAAUUACGCGCGCUGUUCGUCAAAGUUUAUUUACGAGCGAAAACAAGACUCUGUCAUUGCGCGAAUAUGUUUAUAUAAAUGCACACUGACUGUUGUGUCAAUUGUUACAGCGAAGUGAAGCGGUCACGUUUCGCGAACGUGUGACGGACGCGCAGUGCGUAUGCGUGACUCUUAUGACGUGUGAUUUUCCUCUUCUGUCUCCCAUUCAAUACACUUCGACCCCUCGUUGUAUCGAUCCUCGUAUCGACGAGAAUUAAAUACUGUACUGUGCACGAUACAUUAAGAUUAAUUAAGAAGACAAUCAAUAGAGAGAACUUACGCAACUUGCGCGUUUCAAUUGACGGUGGGAUACGUUGCUAAUGACGGAAUAAUACCGGAGGAAAACUUCGAUAGAUAGAUCGACCUUCGACUUCACGCUAUACCUCACAUCGUGUGAUAAAAUUGAAAAAAAAAAAAAAAAAAACAAACAAACAAACAAAAAAGAAAAAGAAGAAGAUACGUACGCGAACGACACUUCAAACCAAUGACAACGGAGUCGUGAGAAUGCAAAAGUGACAAUCGAAUUCCAUGAAGUUGAAUAAAAAAUAAACGUACCGCAGUUAUUAUCGAAUCGCAUUAAUCAUAGAACGUUGUUAAAGAAACCAAACGUAUAUAAAGAAAUUAUGUCGGACACUACGCUACUGUUACCGAGAAACAUUAAUCAGCAAAUCGUUGUUAGAGAAACAAAGACAAACGUAUGGGGAAAAAAGAUGGAACUCAACAGCAAUCCGAUUUCCGUGAUUUCCGUGAAGAAGAACUCUGUUAACGGCGAUGAAACCACCUUCAAGCAAUCACUUGGAAAUGGCGGGACUUACGGAGCUUUCCAGUCAAAGGAUCCCAUCCUGACCAUAGAAAAGAGUGAUGACGCUCCCGCCAAAGGCGGGAGUAACGAGCAUGGCAUCACCGUGCAUCACCCGACUUCGUACCUGGAAACCAUGAUGCAUCUGUUCAAGGGUAACGUCGGUUCGGGAAUCUUUGCGUUGGGAGACGCUUUUAAAAAUGCCGGAUUACUGCUGGCACCUCCGCUGACAAUCUUCCUCGGCAUCAUUUGCGUACACGCUCAACAUAUUCUCAUCAAGUGCAACGAGGAGGUGACGCGUCGAGUCGGCGGCGGUUCUGACACGAGCGGAUUUGCUGGAACUGUGGAAAUGUGCUUUGCCACUGGACCUCUUGGAGUCCGUAAAUAUUCGGGUGUUAUGAGAAAAAUGGUUAAUGUGUUUUUGUGUAUUACGCAACUUGGAUUCUGCUGCGUAUAUUUCGUUUUUAUUUCCACAAACAUGAAGCAGGUACUGGACGCGCACGGGAUCAAGAUGGACGUUCACGAGCACAUGGCUGUGGUGCUAAUUCCAAUAAUGCUGAGUACAUGGAUCAGAAAUCUCAAGUACCUGGUGCCCGUGUCCUCGAUAGCGAAUUUCCUGGUGAUCGCGGGUUACAUAGCCACAAUGUACAUCAUGAGUCACGACGUGCCCGCCAUACACGAGAGACGAUACGUCGCCGACUGGAACAACUUACCUCUGUUCUUCGGCACUGUGAUAUAUUCCUUCGAGGGCAUUACGCUAGUAUUGCCGCUGAAGAACGAAAUGAAGAAACCCAAGAAUUUUAACAAGCCGCUUGGAGUUCUCAACGUCGGUAUGGUAAUAGUCGGCGCUAUGUUCGUCGCGAUGGGAUUUCUGUCUUACUUGAAAUACGGCGACGACGUCGCCGGUUCCGUCACACUCAACUUGGAACCAAAGAAAAUGAUGGACGGAAAAAUCGUCGUUCCUUCAAGUUUGCCGCAAUGCAUCAAGAUUGCUAUCUCUCUGAGCAUAUUGCUCACGUACGCGUUGCAGUUUUACGUUCCGAUCGCCAUAAUGUGGCCCAGUAUUGUCAGACGAUUCGGUCCCUUCAGAUGGCCUUCAAUCGCAGAGAUCACUUUCCGAUCCAUCAUGUGUUUUAUCACGUUUGUAUUGGCGGAGGCGAUACCGAAACUGGGUCUCUUCAUAUCUCUGGUCGGCGCUGUUAGCAGCACCGCGCUCGCCCUUGUGUUCCCGCCGAUCAUCGAGAUGAUCGUCUACUGGCACAACAAUAUCAGUUUCUUCACGAUCGCGAAGGACGUGGCGAUAAUACUGAUCGGCGUCCUCGGUUUCGCGACCGGCACGUACGAGAGCGUGACAUCGAUCAUCAAGUCGUUCAGCACAUGAGAUUCUCAAAGAAAGCAAACAAAAAUACGCUUCGUACAAAUAUAAUCCCCUAUCAAUUUCUCUCUUGUGAACGCGCGCGCGCGGUUUAAAUGAACCAUGACAUCCACGGUAACUUCCACGCGCGCAAGGAAAUCUACACACUUUGUGAAUCCAAAUUUUGCGUGCUAAUAGAUGAUGACAAUUACGUUGCGGUCAAUCGUAUUCUAUACUGUAUAUAUAUAUAUAUACACACACAAAUAUAUAUAUAUAUGUAUAUAUAUAUAUAUAUUUGUAUGUAUAGAUAAUAAUAAAUAAUUUAUGUGUGAUAUUGAUAGCCGUAGACGUAGCUGAUAAGGUAUAACGCAGGUUGUGGAUGCCAGUGUGAUCGUUAUUAAUAGAUUUUAUCGAUAAUAACAAUCCGAUAUUCGAUCAAUGCAAAAUCGUACUAAUUAAUACAAAAUUGAAUUAAUUUUUGUGUGUCGUUCAGACACAUCGAGUUUUACUUAUGCGUUCACUAAAUUUGUUCACUAAGUUUAGGCUUCCACCCGUAGUAAUAUAAAAACUCAAAUAUAAUACGUAGAGUCUAUAUGUAUAUGCGCGCGACGUAAAAUAAUAUAUAACGUAAAACCAAAAAAAAAAAAAAAAAAAACAAACAAACAAGAAUAUCGACUUUUCUUUUACACGCGCAGCUUUAGCGACGGAGCGCUGCGAGUUUUCCGAUAGCAUACAUAGUGUUCGUUACAUGUAUCGUUUCUUAUUUUACUUCCGCAUUUUACUAUGCGAAAGUGGCAGUUUUAACUGGCAGGAUGUCGAAUAUUGAAGUAUAAUACAACAAUUUCCACGUGCGCUGUGAAACUAUUGUUUGUAAAAAACAAUUGUGUAUCGACAAAAAUAGAAAAUGUAUUCGUCUUUUAGAAACAAAAAAAAAGCAAUUAAAGACAGUCAAAUCGUUUUGACACGAUUAUUGCACGUUGCUGCAAAGAAAAAACGAUAAUUACACGUAUCAAGUGCCAAAACUACUUUUUCUGCGUUUAAUUCUCGCGCGGAUGAUAAUCGUUAUUUUAUUUAAUCAGAUUUAUGCAACACGAGCGUCGUAAUUGUACAUAUAUUUAUUUAUGUAUAUCUCAGGCCUAGUCUCAUCGAUAUUGAUUAAACAUUAUUGCUUAAUUUCCAUUUCUGUAUCUGCUUUUGCGAGGUGUCAGAUCUGGAAGGAGACUAAUUCUCGGCGUGAUCGUUGUUUCUCAAUAAGACAACGCAAGACGUACAACAAGCAGACAACCGUGCGCGAACAAUUUGUAAAUUUAUAUUAUUAUUAAGAAUAACAAAAAUUCACUUUUUAUUAUAUUUUUUAUAUAUAAAAUUAUUGCGGCUUGUGAUUUGCGAAAAACUUAUAUAUCCAAUGAUAAAACAAACAUGGCAUCUUGAAAAAAACUGAAGUACCAAUUGUGCACAAUUUCGAUACCCCCUAAUAUCAACUGUAUAUGUAAAUCACUCUUCCCUAUCAAUUUACUUUCAACUCUGUUCGUCGAUUUUUUUAUAUCGUACAAAUUUAUCACGUCGCGGAGCGUGAUAUAUUUUUGGAUACAUGUUACAUAUGAUAUCAUAUAUUUUAUUAAUAUUAUUAUUAUUAUAUAUAAGAUACUUUGAUUUAAAACCGCUGACGUAUAGAAAACUGGUUUUUUUCUCGGAAAACAUGGAAGUUUUGAAAAACCGAAAUCAAAAUCCGAUUAUUUUCUUCACAAUGUAAUUAACGUGAUGUGUACACUCGUGUGUUGAAUGUCAUUCUCAAAUUCAAAGUAAACAGAGAAAAUACUCGAUAAACUAUAAGAUAUUGCGAUCGUUGUUUUGAUGGCUGAUAUUUAUUUUGCGCCCUGUGUCAUCAGAGUACAAAUACCUGCUCAGGGAAAUUUAUAUAUAUACGCAUAUAUUUUUUUCCUUUUCUUUAAUAUAUUUAAUAGAACUGUACAAAAGACAAAUCUUCCUCGGAUGAGUCGAGGCUGACAGAGGAGAAACAAAGAUAUCAAUAAACAUGUGGCGCUA